AACAAAUAAGUGAAUAAUUUAUUAACUAAAUUAUUUUCUGAAACUAUCCAUUGCAUCACAGAAAGUUACAACUAAUCUAAUUGAUAAUUUUCAUAUUUGGACACACAUAUACAUGUGUGUGGUGAGUCAGACUCAUUAUACAGUCUCAAUGGAUUAAUUUAUUGAGAGGUUUUUAAAAUCGCGAUAUGCGUGCGUGCGUGCGUGCAUGUGUGUGUGUGCGCGUGUGCGUGUGUGUGUGUGUUUAUGAGUAAAAGGCACGCAUACAUUAUAUAUUACAAAGCUUUUUUAGAAAAUAGUAGAUAUAAUUGCAAGUAUAGAGACAAAUAAUUUCAGGUAAACUUUGAUGGAGCAAAAUAUUUGAUAAUUCAUUUCAUUUUCGAUAUUUCUCUUCCGUAUGACACUUUUGACAUAGCAAUGAAUCUUCAUCUGACCCUGACGAGUUUCGCUGGGACGAAUUAGAGGACGAAGGUGACAAGAUGUUGUAACCCAAGCUUGAUUGACACACAAAAAGGAUCGUUGAUUAGCGACGAUUUUGGCUAAAGCGUCAAUGGCUAAAUAAAUGAAUAUACGUCAAUGGCUAAAUGAAUGCAGGAGGCAGGAAACAUUGCCCAGAAAAAUAUAACAUCAAGAUCUCUUUAGCUGCAUACUGAUCUCACGUUUGUCGCUCUUAACAACGUAUUACAAUACGUACAAUAAUUUGGCAUCGCAUCGUGUACGUGCUAUACGUCUGACUUAUCACAGAGUAUUUCUUGCAUAAUGCACACUGCAGUUUAGAAGAGAAAAAAAAGAAAUAAGAAAAAUACUACGUACAUACAUAAGAAACUUGUUCGUUGAGGUACAUACCUUCAAGGUGACGAAGGUCGCAACUUUUUUGAAAUGAAUCUAAAAUGAGUGAGAAAAAUGCAUGAAAGCGCACCGAAAGCUAAAAGAGAUUAUAAGUGGACGAUGAUAAUCGGAUUCGACAACGAUUCGAUCAGUUGAAAGCAGAGCGCACGCUGCUACCAAAUCGUCUUGGAAUCGGGUAUUCGCUAUUCGCGCGCGAGUAAACGCGCGUGGCUGUCAUCGGCUGCCACCGAUCAUUCUAAUCGGUGAUAGCACCACGAUACACGAUGGAACGAGGCGAUUAUAACGCAUACGCAUACGUAGGUGGGGAGAUGGUUGGCGUAGAAGAGAACGAGGGAGGCAAGGAGAGCAUAUGCCGCGCGCGCGAGCGACGACGUUGUUCGCGAUAAUGCGAUAGUGCUGGUCCGCGCGUUUAGCGGUUAGCGGUUAAUAAAAGAUAACGGUUGUACCGAAGACAAGUCAGUAGUCACCCUGACCGCUUCUCGACCACUUCCCGACCGCUUCCCGACCGAUCGAGUCGAUCGAGUUUGCUCGAUCGAGUUCGUCGGCCCUAAGCGCUCGCGGACGACGCACGUACGACGCGGAGGGUUGUUGGUCCAGAGACAGUAGAUGCGACGACACUCGAGCCAACUGCUCCUUCACAUCACUUUCAUUCUUUAUCUUCGAUAACCGAUUAACGAUCGGAGAUCAAGAUCGGAUUGCAAGAUCUACCGGAGAUUUGGAUAAUAUUGGAGGAGAGUCACGGACGGGAGUCACUUUUUUCAAUUCACCAGUGAAAGAAGAUGAGCGUCGACGAGCGUCGUUAACGAAUCGAAUUUACGCUAUCUCGCAGAGUGCCAAAAGAGUUUGCUUAAACUCGAUGAGGAAGUAUUACGACGACGUGUACGAGAGAAGGCAUGCCACUAUUCUUCCUAGAUAGAAGACUCAUUCGCGAUGUCACGACGACGGCGACGAUGACGACGAGGACGCGAGGACGAGAACGAGGACGUGGUGGACGUUGACGACGAAAGUUAAUCUCGACGAAUAGGAAGCGCGUAUUAAAUGAAAAUUAUAUCGAACUCGUAUAUACACAAUGCCCGAGAGAAUGCCGAGAGCAGAAACGAAACGUCGUACGCGCGUCGUACGUGCCUAAAUGCUUAGGGUCGUCGCCCGCGCGUUUCUUCAAGUUGACUUCAAGUCGCACUCGCUCGCUCGCUCGCUCGCUCGCUCGUUCGUUCGUUCGUUCGUUCGUUCGUUCGUUCGUUCGUUCGUUCGUUCGUUCGUUCGUUCGUUCGUUCGUUCGUUCGUUCGUUCGUUCGCUCGCUCUCGCGCGCUCGUCUUCCAGAAGGUAGAAAAUAUUCAUACGUCUAGAAACGAUAGUAAUUUCUCGAGGGUGCGAACGAUGCGUAAUGACGAGCGGCGGUGGCGGCGGCAGCGUGACUACUAAAUUCGAUUCGAAUUGGGUAAGAAUGGUUGAGCUGCGUGCGGCUGGUGCCAGGAUGACUGGCAGCCUAGACACCGGAUCGUCGAAUCGUCUGCACUAUGCCAUCUUGACGAUCCUCGAUACGAUAUUCUCCGCCCUCGUAGCCGCGCCGGCAGUGGUCGGUUACUGGCGCGGCACUUGGGAACUCAGCGAUUUCUACAUCUAUCCGGAUGAGCCGAUGCUGAGCAGUUUUGCUUCGAUCACGAUCGGCUUCACCGGUCUAUUUGCCUUUAAUGUCCUGCAGCACGGCCUGGACGAUAUUCUGCAUCCGGAUAAGCAUCGGCUGUCCUAUUAUCUCGGCUCGCGAUUCUACACCGGCGUGUUCGGCUUCUGCUGCGUCAACGCCUGGCGCGGUGCCUGGAAGGCCCUGGACGUCUAUACGGAGCUGACACCCAGUACCGUCUUUGCUACGACCAUCGUUAGUCUCCUCGCGCUUGGCAUUAUGCGUGCGGUUCGCAACGUAUCCGCGCCACCCUUCUCCCUCGUUCUCGACUCGUGUCCGGGUUAUUUUCAAGUGCAGACUAUGUUUCGCGUCAAUAAUACGAGGGACUGGUCGUUGUACUUACUGGAUUGCGCCUUCAGCGUCGGUGUGGUGGGUACGUUGGUUGUCUUCGUCUGGAGAGGAGUUUGGAUCUUGAUCGACAUUUACCUGUUUCCAGAAAACCCCGAGUAUUCUGCCGUUGGCUCACUGGCAAUUGGGUAUUUUAUAGUCGCCGUGACAUUUUGUCUACAACCAUUGAUGCGACAUAUCUGCGCGCGUCAACAGGGUCUCGUUCGCUUGAUGGUCGCGGACGUUUUUCUGUUUCUGAGCUUUCUGGGAACCGUGAACGUCUGGCGCGGUAUAUGGAACGCGCUCGACCUGUGGCUGCUGCCGGACAAUCUGGAAUUGUCCUGUUGGAUCACUCACGUUGGCUGCUUCAUUUUCCUCGUCCUUCUCAAUUGUAGCAACACCAUUCUAGUUCGUGGCGUUUACAUCGAUGCCGAGGAAGAGGAAGGACAGUGCGUUGUGUUUCCAUGUCACUAUCUUCGAUUAUUCUUUAAGAUCGAACGCGAGAAGAAGCAAGCGCGACAGCAGAAACUGUUGGUAGCCACUCAAGAUUUUAUCGGUCAUACCGAUGUAAAUGAGAAGGAUGGUGAAAACGGGACUCUUCUGCCAAAUAGUACCCCAGUAUCGAUUAUACCGGCGAACGUGGAUUCUCUUGCAUAGAUACGAUACGAGAAAUCGAUUUUGUUUUUCUAUAGAUGCGAGUGAGAGAUCCAGGUAAGAGAGAAAGAGAAAUAACUUAAUAUGUCGAGUGAAAAAAAAUGAGGCGCAUCGAAAACUCUAUUAACUCUUUUCAAAAUAAGAUUCUUUCGAUUCUUUCGAGAUCGAUUUUUGCCCAGUCUUUAAGUUUACGGUCUUUUCCGGAAAUGUAUGGUGGUAAUUGAAAUCGGGAUUUAGAGACUAUGACGAGAGCGCCCCAUUCGAUUGCGCUCUUACAUAGAUUAACAUUACGUGCCAAGUUUCGUGCCAUUAUCGCUCUUGAAUUCCUUUAUUGAACAUUUCAGUAUUAAAGAUCGAUAUAUGUUUUAUUACAAAUAAUUAGAUAUCGUUAGAUUUCUGUAUCGUUUUGUUUUCCACGCGCUAGGAAGUUGUCGCUCAUAUAAGAGCCGUAAUUAAGUAAUUGGCCUAAUUCAGUGCGAUCGAUAGCGAAGAUGAUAAAGGACCGAAAGAUCGAGUCCCGCUCUCUCGCCUCUCGUCUGGGGGGAGGCAGGGACUGAAUAGCGCAUACUUAAUACAUGGAAAAUCAAGGAUGUUACUCGCGCGUAAUUAUACGCGAGUGGCGCGAUUAAUCCAUCAAUUGUUGUAAAAGAGACAUUUUCGUUAAUAAUACACAGAGCAAAGGGAAAAAUACAAUCGGGGAAGACGUAUGGCUGUGAAUGAACGUACCAAGUGAAUGAUGUGUUUGCGACAAGACUCUGUACGUGACCACGGAAAAUUUAUUGCAAACUUUGCAAGGCAAAACAGUACGAUAAUACGCGAGAUAUAUAAAAGUGAUUUAUGUGCCAUUAAAGUAACGAAAGUUAAGCAUUUGCAAAUAGAAAUUAAUGCUGCCGUUCGAGUGUGUUUUAUCUACGAAAUUUAUUUGUAUAGUUGAUUAUAUCCAGUCUAACGCGCGUAUACUGUACACGAGAGGAUGUGUGUGCGUGUACGUACGUAUAUAUUAUGUGUAUGCAUAUAUGUACAUAUACCUAUAUAUAGAUCGAGUACAGAGAAAACGACGGGGCCGAGGAGUCGAGAGGGGGACUUACCGAAUAAAUAAUAUUAAUAAUAAAAAUAUGCUCG